ACCAAACCAAAGUUCACUCACAACAGCCUGCAUUAAAACCUCUGCGGUGGUUUGGGUUUUAUGCUGCUGUCUUUGAGAUAAAGUGAAUACUGUCUCUGAUAACCCUGAUAAGAUAAUGGAGGAAGAACUGAAUUACGUGAUGGUGAAGUUCAAGACCGAUGGUAUAUCUGAACAUGAGAAACCAAGCGACCUAGAAGUAAUCUAUGAAGAGGUGAAGACCUGCGGGGAGCAGGCAUGGGAUACAAAUCCUGCCAUACCAGAAAAUACAAAGAGAGCUCCACUGUGCACACUGCUUCAUCUGGUGGCAGCAGGUUUGGGGAUUAUUUGUGUCCUCUUGGUGUCGGUCGUCAUCACACUCAGUAUCUACUUCAGCACAAUCAUGUCAGAGCAGCACAGAGAAAACAUCAACUUAACGGCACAGAAUCUGCAGCUGUGGACAGAAAAGACCAACUUAGAGAAACAGACAGAAGAGCUGACCAGAGAGAGAGACGGGCUCAACUGGACCGUCGGAGUCAUCCUGGAAUAUGAGAACUUCCCAGUGAAUACACACUGCCCACAGAAAGUGUGUAAACCUUGCCUGGAUGGCUGGGUGCUGUUCCAGUCAAACUGUUACAUGUUUUCAACAUCUGAAUAUUCCUCCCAAUGGAGGAGUUGGGAGGUAAGCCGUGAUCACUGCACACAAAUGAAGGCAGAUCUGGUGGUGAUUGAAAGCCAAGAGAAACAGGAAUUCAUCAAUACCUACACGGAAUACUACAAUGAUAAAAGCCAUGGCUAUUGGAUCGGCUUGAGCAAAAGGGACGCGUGGACGUGGGUAGAUGGAAGCAACUUCACUGUGAAGUACUGGAAAACACAACAGUACAGAUACGGAGAACAUUGUGGUCUAAUUCAGAAACGAGCAGAUCCUCUGGCCAACUGGCACAAAGCGAGCUGUACCAUGAGGAACCGCUGGAUCUGUGAAACCAGAGCCUUGAUCAAACCAGAUUAGGAGUCAGCUGCAUUAUCAAUAUGGGUUAUAAAACAUUAAAGAAAUAUAUCUAUCGACUCGGGAUGUCAAAACUGAUGUAUGGCCUGUUUUUUGUUGUAGUUGUUUUUAGUAAAGACGUAAGCAUAUUGUUGUAUCUAUCUCUACAAAUGUUGCAGAGUACAAACUCACAUUUGAGAUAUAUAUGGCAGCUUGAAUAUAUGUAUAUAUUAAAGAGAUAAGAAAGCAAACCGAAUAAAGAAUCAUCUAUC